UCCAGGAGAGCGACCACACUUGCUCUUCAGAAAGCUUGGGGUCAGAAGCUCCACUGAGAAGGCGGCUGCAAGAGCCAUAGCGUGUGCAAGGGCUUUCAAGCCUCUGUUUCUUAAGCAGUAACUGUUCUUUGGCUGAGUGGGAUGUUCCAGUACUUGUUUUUUUCUAUUUGCUUUGUCAUCCAGUUGCAGCCGGUGUCUUCAGUGGCCCUAGACCCCUGCUCUGCCUACAUCAGCCUGAAUGAGCCCUGGAGGAACACAGAUCACCAGAUAAACGGUUCCCAUGGCCAGCCGACAUGCGACAGUCAGAUCGACGGGGAGUGGUAUCGCUUCACUGGCAUGGCUGGCGAUGCUAUGCCUACCUUCUGCAUCCCAGAGAACCACUGCGGCACCCACGCUCCCAUUUGGCUGAAUGGCAGCCACCCGCAAGAGUCAGACGGCAUCGUCCCACGCCAAGCCUGCGCCAGCUUCAAUGGGAACUGCUGCCUUUGGAAUACCACGAUUGACGUCAAGGCGUGUCCGGGCGGGUACUACGUGUAUCACUUAACCAAGCCUAGCGUUUGUUUCCAUGCAUACUGUGGGCAUUUUUAUGACAUCUGUGAUGUGGUGGAUUGCCAGGGCUCCUGCCUGGACACCGGUGACUGCACGUGUUCCCUGGGGACAACACUAGGACCUGAUGGACAGACCUGUCUUGAUGAGAAUGAAUGUGAGCAGAACAACGGAGGCUGCAGCGAAUUUUGUGUUAAUCUGAAGAACUCCUACCGCUGUGAGUGCGGGAUCGGGCGCACGCUGGGAAGCGACGGGAAAACCUGUGAAGAAAUUGAAGGCUGUCACAAUAACAAUGGAGGCUGCAGCCAUACCUGUAUUGAAGUGGAAGACACUUACCAAUGUGAAUGUCCGAGGGGACUUGUUCUGUCAGAAGACAACCACACUUGCCAAGUUCCAGUGCUGUGCAAGUCCAGCUCUAUUGAGGUGAGCAUCCCAAAGGACCUGGUUGGAGGCCUGGACCUUUCCCUCAUCAACACUUCCUGCAAAGGAGUAUCCAAUGGCACUCAUGUCAACAUCCAUUUCUCCUUGAAGUCCUGCGGCACUGUUGUAGAUGUAAUAAAUGAUAAAAUCAUUGCUACCAAUCUGGUGACGGGCUUGCCAAAGCAGACUCCAGGAAGCAAUGGGGACAUCAUUGUCCGCACCAGCAAGCUGCUGAUCCCCGUGACCUGUGAGUUCCCACGCCGGUACACCAUCUCUGAAGGUUAUGUGCCCAACCUCAAGAACUCGCCCUUGGAAAUAAUGAGCCGUAACCAGGGCGUCUUUCCCUUCACCCUUGAGAUCUUCAAAGACAAAGACUUCGAUGAACCCUACAGGGGUGCUCUUCCCACCCUCAAGCUUCGGGAUUCUCUGUACUUUGGGAUUGAACCCUUGGUACAUGUCAAUGGACUAGAGACACUGGUAGAGAGCUGCUUUGCCACUCCCACCUCAAAAAUCGAUGAGAUCCUGAAGUACUACCUGAUUCAAGAUGGCUGCGUUUCUGAUGAUUCGGUGAAACAGUACACGUCAAAGGAUCAUCUUGCCAAGCAUUUCCAGGUUCCUGUGUUCAAGUUUGUGGGCAAAGACAACAAGGAAGUGUUCUUGCAUUGCCGCAUCCUUGUGUGUGGGGCGCUGGAUGAGAGCUCUCGCUGCGCCCAGGGCUGCCGGAGGCGGGUGCGCAGGUCGGCUGCCACAAAGGAGGAGGAGGAGGAAUCCGGUCACGUGGCAAACCACGUCCUGACAGGCGGCCCCAUCAGAAUCGACUUCGACGACUAACGCCCACCCACUGGAACAGCAUCUCUGCCUGACACCAACCUUCCUUACCAAUGCCUUUCAUGGCUGGUUUUGAAACAAGAGGUAUUUGGUGAAGCCCCAGUUGAAGCUCGGGGCUUGUUUCCCUAACUGCAUGAUGAUUUUUUGUGAAGCAUGUUGGGCACGUGAGGCAGCCCUCUGAGUGCAACCCGGACUGCAGAACAGUUUGGUUUUUACCUUCCCAACAACACUUAGGUUGAAGGGACCCUAUUGCUUUGCAGGCCUGAAGUGUUACUCGACUUUCUUUCCCUACAUCCGCCUGCAGGCUCCACAGGUGUGGUCAUCCUUGACUGAAAAAAUGUUAUCCAAGCCCUUCUUUCAUCAGACAAUACAAAUAGUAUCAUAGCUGAACAUGUUUGCUGUGCAGUUCUGUGAACGAUGCUGAAGCUUUCAGAUGUGCUGAGAUUUUGGAUGACUGUUAAUAAAAAUAUGUAUAAAAAUAUGUAUCUUGUAACGUGUAAGUUCCUCGGAGCUAUGAAACGGUUGUCAUUACAGGCAGCUAAAGCUCAGAUCUGUCACAGGCGCAUUUAAAUGUUAUUUUUAAAUAGUAAAAGGUAUUUAAUAAAACUCGAUUUUUUUAGCGUCUUUUGAUAAUUA